AUGGCCCGAACAUCCCAAGCAGUUGUCAUCCGACCAGGUAAAGAGAGUAGUGACACUUACAAGCUGGUCAAAGACUCGAUUACUACCCCGACUCCAGGACCUGGUCAAGCUCUUGUCAAGGUUCAAUAUGUAGCUCAAAACCCUACAGACGUCAAAUCAUUCGACAACAAGGUCUUCGGGGACGGUCAUAUUUUAGGCUGUGACUUUUACGGCACUGUCGUGGAAGUUGGGUCAAACGUCACCAGAAUUGCCAAAGGCGAUGUGGUCGCUGGGCUAAUCUGGGGAGGAGAGAUUAAGGGAUUGGGUGGGUAUAGUGAAUAUACCAUUGCAGACCAAAACAUCUGCUACAAAGUACCCCCGAGCAUUUCCGGGGAUGCUGCAAGCACAAUCCCCUUGGCCAGCGGGACAGCAUGGCUAGCGUUAUUCGCCAAGACCUGUCUGAACAUUGAUAGAAAGAACGCGUCAAGCCAGAGUGUUCUAAUCUGGGGCGGAAGCUCAAGUGUCGGACUAUUCGCCAUCCAACUUGCUGCCAUAUACGGUAUCAAGGUGGUAACAACCUGUAGCCCACGCAAUUUUGAUCUCGUUCGCUCCUAUGGAGCGUCAGAGGCAUUUGACUACCGGGAUGAAAAAGUGGUGGAAAAAAUCCGAGCUGCAGUGCCAGGCCUGCACUACGUGUUCGAUACUAUCGGCGAAGACCCAUCGUCUACGAUUGCUUCACAGGCCCUGACUGAGAAUGCGCCGGGAUAUCUCUGCACCGUGCGGCCGGGUAAAGCAUGUACAGAAAAUGUCACCAAACAGACUGUCGUCAGUGAUGUGUUGGUGUGGACGGUGUUUUUGAAAGAUCAUUCGUACCGAGAUAUUCUCUUUUGGCCGGCAUCAAAAGAUGAUCACGAAUUAGCAACUGAGCUUUUCGACAAUUUGCCGGUAUGGCUCGAACAGGGCAAGAUCAAGCCUAAUGCGACCAAGGUAUUUGACGGCUUAGAUUCUGUUACUAAAGGGUUCCAGGAGUUCAGAGACGGAAAGGUUUCGGCGUAUAAGAUUGUUUACAAGCUGUAG